AUGCUGUCCCAAGCGUCAUCCUCCGUCGGACUCUCACAACCACUCUCGAGCUCGCCGCAACCUCUAAGUCCUCUAUCCAAUCAACCGAGAUCGCCAACCCUACUGUCGAUCCCUGCGGAGAUUCGAACCCGAAUCUACCAAUACGUCUUCGACGGUCAGCGAUAUGAGGUCAACCGUGUUCAACCAACCGACACGUCUCUACGCGGUCCAGUCACGGCCAUCCUUCAAGCCUGCUCCCUGACCUACAGAGAGGCACUAUCUCUGCUAGCGCCACGAGUCACAGUGGUAGCCCGUACCUGGACUGGUAUCGCGUCACUGACCCACUUCAAGUCGGCCCUCAUUCCCAAGGACCAUGUUCGCCGCCUUGAAGUCGACUGUGGAGGUUCUGCAUCGGCAGAGAUCGCCGCACUCACUCGGCAGUUGCCAAGCCUCGAGUCUCUCAAGAUCCUGCGUGGAACCUCCUUGGUUCGAACGCAUCUCCAAUACCUCUGGCUUGCGGGCGGCAUCCACCCUUUGGCGCCUGAAACUAGUCGCAACAGGCUGGCGUUAGCAAUUCUGGGGUCUGUCCGACCUUAUGAAUCAUACGUCGUUGAUAUCCUACGUGCGCUCGACCAUAUCGAUAGGGAGGUCGACUUCACAAUCGAGUGCAGGGUGCGCGUCCGCUCCUGGUGGGGCAACUACCCCGAAGUGGAGGCCGGAGUGGUGAGGCUGUGGCCCAGUGAAGGGCAUUUGGAGUGGCAUGUGUUGCAUAGGAUGAUGUACAUGGACUACGAGGAAGAAACCGACGAUCCCGAUCAGGAGUCCACGUACACAACGCCUCAGUGGUGCUGA